AUGGAGAUGAAAAGAAUGAUUGUAUUUACGGUGAUGAUGCUGACGAUCGGAAAUCUUUUAGUUGAAUCUGAAGUUAUAAACAGACGUUGGGGAGAUUGUUUCAAGAUUUGUUAUAACGUGUGUAUCAGUAGUGCAAUACGAAAUGUACUCUCAUGUUUCCCUAAAUGUGAAGCACAAUGUGGGCACCAAUAUGAAAUCGAUGUUUCUGCUCAAGAUCCGAGUAAGGCAGAAAAAGAGAUCGGUGUGAAGAAGACAAAAGACUGUGUGAAUUCAUAUUCAGAUAUUUGUGACAAAAAAGACUAA